AUGCCCCUCCGAUUUCUCUGUCUGCAUGGGUGGGGGACAAGUGAAAAGAUCCUCCGGGCCCAACUGCAGCCGUUAAUGGCCGAGCUGGAACGCGACCACACGGCCAGCUUCCACUUUGUCGAGGGCGAGAUCGAAUCCGACCCGGGCCCGGGCAUUGCAGGCGUCUACGAGGGCCCCUACUGGAGCUACCACCCGUUCCCCCUGCGCGGGGGCGACCAGGAACCGCACGACCAGACGGUCCUGGCCGAAGCGUACGCCAUGCUCGACGAGACCAUCGCCCGGGAGGGCCCCUUUGACGGCCUGCUGGGCUUCUCGCACGGGGGGGUCCUGGCCGCGGGAUACCUGCUGCGCCAGGCUCGCGGGGGGGGUGGUCUGCCCUGGGGGGGUGAUCUGCCCCGGGGGCCCCUGCCCCGGGGGCCCCUACCACUACCGGUGCGGUGUGCAGUGUUUGUCAACUCGCUGCCACCGUUCCGCAUGGCGCCUGGCCAGCGCCCGGCGAUCGAGAGGGACCUGCUUGCCCCCGGCCACCCGCUGGCCUUGCCUACGGUGAGCAUCGUGGGCGCCCAGGAUGCCUUGCGCCCGUACUCGCUGGCCCUGCACGCCCUGUGCGAGCCGGCCUCUGCCGGGCUGGUGGUGCAUUCGCGUGGCCACGAGAUCCCGGGGGACAGGAAGAACGUGGUGCGGAUGGCGGCAGCGAUCCGUAAGAUGGCGGUGGAUGUGUCUUUGUUUCCGAAUCAUUGCUGAAUGUAUUCUUAUGUGUCAUCUCGGCUCUUUUCUAUUUCU